AUGCUCCACGAGGUCCUCCUCGCCCUCAGCGGGCAUCCCUCGCCGCUGUUCCCUGGGACUGCCCCGCCCGGUCGGUCGUCCGACGCCUUUGUAGACAAAGACUUUCCGCUGUUGUCAUCAUCAGAAGCCGCUCUAUUGGCGACGGUUGGCAAGCUCGGCAGUUUGCAUCGUCAAAUUCGAGACCAUGCAAAUCACAUUGUUACGCAACAUCCUUCGACUAUAUGUCGUGCUGUAGCUGCUUCGUUGCUGCAAACCCAUCUUGCACGCUUCCGUGAGAAGAUUCUUGAUGCGGAGAAGCAGAUAUUGACCAAAGAUGCUGCUAUAGUGGGUGCAUACAACAUCGUGCCCCUCUCUGCAGUCGUUGGCGAGUUUGAUGGGUGGAGUCGUCGUAUGGACUGGUAUUGGGAUCUUGCAUGCUUCAUUCAGCCUCCAGACGCGUCCAAGUCUGUGCCAGCAAGUGGAGCUCAAAUCAUUGACCAUUUACGAUCAGAGCUACAAACCGGGUUUCCCGACAUUGAGACCGCAGCAACAGAGUUGACUUGCGUCGCUGAUAAGGCCUGGUUGAAACAAGUGUCCGUAUGGCUGCUGUACGGUUUGCUUCCCAGUCAUGGAGCUGAUGACUUCUUUGUCUCUGUGCAAGAAUCUGCCGAGGGACCACCAUCAUACGCUCUGAGACGCGAAUUGCUGCCCAAGUUCGUUUCACAACAGACUGGCAACUCUUUACUAUUUAUUGGAAAGUCGUUGCAUCAAGUCAAACAGCAUACAAAGGACUCGUCGGCAUCACAGAUCCUUCAUGGUAACGAAGAUGCUGCUCUGUUAAAUGCACAUCUUCAGUCCCUUUCGUCACUAUCAUUUCCCCUAGUUCCUGCUGCAUUCUCUACCACGAUAUCCUCGAUACGUUCAUCGCUAUCGCAANAGGUUCUCCAGCGUCUACUUCCGCCAAACGAGAUCAAGCUUGUACUGAACACCUUUCGUCAAAUUCUUCUUCUGGACAGGGGCGAAUUUGCCAUCUUCUUAAUAUCGGAGGCGGCAGAAAGACUAAAUGCUAGAAGAGUUGAACAUGGCCGAUAUCUGCAGGAACCCUCUGGAAAGGAUCUGCGAGGCGUGAUGAUGAAGGAGGGUGAAGUCAACGAAUCGCUUUCACGUACAUGGAAAGCAUUAACAUCACUACAAACUGAGGAUCUCGAAGACGACGUACUAGACUUCGCCCGAGAGAACAUGCGCUUAGAGAUCGACACACGAAGAGCCACCGGCAGACCGCCAACCUCGGAUGGAACAGCCUUGGAUGCGGCAGGUCUGUCAAGUACCUCUNUUAACGACCUCCUAUUUCCUGUUCCAACCCUACUCACAAUGCAAAUCCGCUCACCACUCGACCUCUUCGUGUCGCGUGCCGACAUGGAUCGGUACUCGGCACUAAAUGCAUAUCUGCUGAGUCUACGCCGAGCACAUAUGCGAUUGUCCAAUCUUUGGCGAGAAUCGGGUUCACGUCGCGCAGCUGCGAAUCCCACUCGCCUAAGUGUAGAAGCAAGACAGAUCGCUCAUACUCGCAGCAUUUCACAACGCAAGGUCUGGGCCACAUGCAGUGCAGCUGUCUUCCUGCUAUCAGAAACCACGGCAUACUUUGAAGGCGAGCUGAUCACCAGCUCAUGGGACACCUUCUACUCUUGGACUACUGCUCAGCACCACGACCCCGAGACAUUAGGACGAGCUCAUCGUUCAUUCCUCGCUGCACUGUCAUACACAAUCUUACUCACCGAUGCGGUCUAUACGCGAUCUCUCCGUGACUUGCUCACACAUAUAGACGCUCUGGUCGCCCUUNUUGGCCGCCUGCAACGACUUCAACAAACAUCCAGUCUUGGAGUUGGUGCCACAGACUUCCUCGAUGAGGAAGAGGCAGAGGUAGCACGUGAACUUGACCGGUCCCGCAAACGUGUCGAUACUGCUCUCAAAGACGUGGUCGCUAGAUUGCGACAAUUGGACCAUGAGCGAUUGGGUGCAGCAAGGUAUCUCCAACUUGACACUCAAGACACUGGCUUUGAGAUCUGGCGUGGUGGAGGUGUGGAUAGAUUGUUGAUGAAGCUAGACUUUGGUAGGAUGACUGGUGGAGAGGAGUAUAUCGUCUAG